GCACCCGACCCGGAACCAUCUAGCCCGAUCCCAAAUCUUAGUUGAUAGUCGGCGACCGUUGGCCCCCUCCGGCUUACUUCUCGUUAAACCCGCUCUUCCUAUCUCGUCAGAGCUGAAACCCCCAACCAAUUCCAAACCCUAGACCUAGGGUUUAUCCUUUACAAGCUCUCUCUCUCACACACACAUACCAAUUUAGGGUUUUCUUCACUGCAACAAAACCUUACAAAUUUUCAAAGAUGUCGAAGAGAAAAUUCGGAUUCGAAGGCUUUGGCAUAAACAAGCAAUCGACUUUCAACUUCGAGCGGUCCCAGCAAGCGCCUCAGCGACUCUACGUGCCUCCUUCGUCGCGCGGACAAAGCCACGAUAACUACGAAGACACCGACCUUGACAACAUUGAUUACGACGAUAACGAUGGUUCCAAGGACCCUGGCAAUAACAACAAUCACGACGAAGGUGGUGGUGGCGGCGAAAAUGAUGAAAUUGACCCUCUUGACGCUUUCAUGGAGAGCAUUCACGAGGAGGUAAGGUCGGCGCCGCCGCCGAAGCCGAAAGAGAAGGCUGAGAAGUACAAGGACGAUGAGGAGGAUGAUCCUAUGGAGAGUUUUUUGAGGGCCAAGAAGGACGUGACUCUGACGCUGGCCUCCGAUGCGUUACACGCUGGAUACGACUCCGACGAGGAGGUCUAUGCGGCUGCGAAGGCGGUCGAUGCGGGGAUGUUGGAGUACGAUUCGGAUGAUAAUCCCAUUGUUCUGGACAAGAGGAAAAUUGAGCCGAUUGCCGCUCUCGAUCAUAGUUCGAUCGACUACGAGCCCUUUAAUAAGGAUUUUUACGAGGAGAAAGAGUCAAUUUCAGGGAUGAGCGAGGAGGAUGUUGCUGAGUACAAGAAGAGCUUGGCCAUCCGUGCGUCGGGUUUUGAUGUACCCAGACCACUUAAGACAUUUGAAGAGUGUGGAUUUUCUUCACAGCUCAUGAGUGCAAUAAAGAAACAAGAUUAUGAAAAGCCUACACCUAUACAGUGCCAAGCUCUACCCAUAGUUCUUUCUGGGAGAGAUAUCAUCGGUAUUGCAAAAACUGGUUCUGGAAAGACUGCCGCCUUUGUCCUUCCUAUGAUAGUCCACAUUAUGGAUCAGCCGGAACUUCAGAAAGAAGAGGGUCCUAUUGGAGUGAUAUGUGCACCUACUAGAGAACUGGCGCACCAAAUAUACUUAGAGGCCAAGAAAUUUGCCAAAUCACAUGGGAUACGUGUCUCUGCUGUAUACGGUGGAAUGUCUAAGCUUGAUCAAUUUAAAGAACUUAAGGCAGGAUGUGAGAUAGUUGUUGCUACUCCUGGGAGAUUGAUAGACAUGCUUAAAAUGAAGGCACUGACGAUGCUAAGAGCAACUUACCUAGUACUUGAUGAGGCUGAUCGGAUGUUUGACCUUGGGUUUGAGCCUCAAAUUAGGUCUAUUGUUGGUCAGAUUCGGCCAGACCGACAGACAUUGCUCUUUUCUGCGACAAUGCCCCGUAAAGUUGAAAAGUUGGCCAGGGAGAUUCUCUCUGAUCCAAUAAGAGUUACAGUGGGUGAGGUGGGAAUGGCCAAUGAGGAUAUCACUCAGGUUGUUCAUGUAAUUCCUUCUGAUGCUGAGAAGUUGCCCUGGCUUCUUGAGAAGUUACCUGGAAUGAUCGAUGAGGGUGAUGUUUUAGUAUUUGCUUCAAAAAAAGCUGCAGUGGAUGAGAUCGAAUCACAGCUUUCCCAGAAAGGUUUUAAAGUCACAGCUCUGCAUGGUGACAAGGACCAGGCAUCUCGGAUGGAUAUUUUGCAAAAAUUUAAAUCUGGCAUUUACCAUGUUCUUAUUGCAACUGAUGUUGCUGCUCGUGGUCUUGACAUCAAGUCAAUUAAGUCAGUUGUGAACUUUGAUAUUGCAAAAGACAUGGACAUGCACGUCCAUCGAAUUGGUAGAACAGGUCGUGCUGGUGAUAAAGAUGGGACUGCAUACACUCUUAUAACUCAGAAAGAGGCACGGUUUGCUGGUGAAUUGGUUAAUAGCUUGGUUGCUGCUGGUCAGAAUGUCUCCACGGAGCUCAUGGACCUUGCAAUGAAGGAUGGCAGAUUCAGGUCUAAACGUGAUUCAAGAAAAGGAGGUGGAAAGAAGGGUAGAGGGAGGGGCGGUGGUGGUGGUGGCGGAGGCGGCGGCAGCGGCGGCGGUCGAGGUGUGCGUGGGGUGGAUUAUGGUCUGGGUAUUGGAUAUAAUUCGGAAUCCAAUAAUUCUUCAUCUCAUACUCCUACUAGUCGAUCUGCUGCAGUAACUUCUCUGAGGACAGGAAUGAUGUCUCAGUUCAAGACCAAGUUUGUUGCUGCUGCAUCAAACUCUCCAAGUCAGGGUUCAGGUAACAGCUCUAGUGUUCCCCAGAGACCAGCAUUAAGAGGAUUUGUAUCGGGUGGCUCCAUUGGUGGGGACAUAUAUAGAACUCCGGCAACGAAUACAGUUACUCCUGCUCCUACAUCAGUCGUAAACAUAUCUUCUCAGAACUCUGGAGAAAAUGCAAGUCAGAAGCCUUCUGAAAGUUCUAGAGAUAAACCUAGAGAACGUCGGAGGCGCUCUGGUUGGGACUGUUAGUCAUACAGUUGAAGAACACCACUCUCACAUAAAUGAGAACUCUUGUUUUUGUUGUAGAUCAAGUCCUGAUAUGCCUGUAUUAUGUUGAUCUUGAUCAAGGAAAUUACUUGUCCCAAAAUUAAAUGUUAAAAAAGGAAAGGAAAGAGUGCUGCAGAUGAAGUGCUUUAUACAAACGGUAUCUCAUGUGUGCCCAAUGUUCUAUUUUUUUUUUAAAUUUUUAAAUAGAGAGGUUGUUGAGUAGGAAGAUGCAGAGUACAUAUGAUUUGUUUUUCUGUACAA